ACAGAGAACUCUGCUCGGCACCAACGACGCAUCCAAGCACCGCCCCAGCACCAAACCAAACCAAACGAAACCCCAAACCCCAAACCACUCCGGGAUAUUCUACCUACUAGUACAGCAACAAAGGCGACAAAGAUGGCAAAAGGCAAGCGGAACGAGUCCGGGGGCAACUCGAACGACUCCCGCUUCUUCACGACGCAGAAGAAGGGWGAGAUGCACGAGCUGCGGAUGGAACUCCACGCCACGGAAAAGCACGUCAAGGUCGACGCCGUCAAGAAGGUGAUCGCCAGCAUGACGGUCGGGAAGGACGUGAGCAUGCUCUUCACGGACGUCCUCAACUGCGUCCAGACGGGAAACAUCGAGCUAAAGAAGCUCGUCUACCUCUACCUGAUCAACUACGCCAAGACCCAGCCCGAGCUGACCCUCCUGGCCGUGAACACCUUCGUGAAGGACUCGAGCGACGCCAACCCCCUGAUCCGGGCCCUCGCCGUCCGCACCAUGGGCUGCAUCCGCGUCGACCGCAUCACGGAGUACCUCUGCGAGCCCCUCCGCAAGGCCCUCCGGGACGACGACCCCUACGUCCGCAAGACCGCCGCCGUCUGCGUUGCGAAGCUCUACGACAUUGCCCCCGAGAUGGUCAUCGAGCGGGGCUUCCUCGACACCCUGCACGAYCUCAUCUCGGACAGCAACCCCUCCGUCGUGGCCAACGCGGUGGCCGCCCUCUCGGAAAUUGCAGAGGCCUCGGGCCGUGACGUCAUGAAGGUCUCGGCGGCCGUCCUCCAGAAGCUCCUGGCGGCCCUCAACGAGUGCACCGAGUGGGGACAGGUCUUCAUCCUGGACUCCCUGGCCAAGUACACCCCGGCCGACGGGAGGGAGGCAGAGGGCAUCAUCGAGCGGGUCACCCCCAGGCUCCAGCACGCCAACUCGGCGGUGGUCAUGAGCGCCGUCAAGGUCAUCCUCUCCUACAUGGAGCUCAUGGGAGGGGGCGCCAACAUCCGGAGCGACGCCAUCCGGGCCCUCACGCGCAAGCUGGCACCGCCCCUGGUCACCCUCCUCAACUCGGAGCCGGAAAUCCAGUACGUCGCCCUCCGCAACAUCAACCUCAUCGUGCAGAAGCGGCCCCACAUCCUCGAGAACGAGAUCAAGGUCUUCUUCUGCAAGUACAACGACCCCAUCUACGUCAAGAUGGAGAAGCUUGAGAUCAUCAUCAAGCUCGUCACGGAAAAGAACAUCGACCAGGUCCUCCUGGAACUGAAGGAGUACUCGACGGAGGUCGACGUCGACUUUGUCCGCAAGUCCGUCUCGGCCAUUGGCCGCUGCGCCGUCAAGCUCGAGCGUGCGGCCGAGCGCUGCAUUGGAGUCCUCCUGGAACUCAUCCAGACCAAGGUCAACUACGUGGUCCAGGAGUCGGUCAUUGUCAUCAAGGACAUCUUCCGGCGGUACCCCAACCGCUACGAGUCGAUCAUCGCCACGCUCUGCGACAACCUCGAUACCCUCGACGAGCCCCUGGCCAAGGCCUCGAUGAUCUGGAUCAUCGGGGAGUACGCGGAGCGCAUCGACAACGCCGACGAGCUCCUCGACACCUUCUUGGAGACCUUCGAGGAGGAAGACCCGGCCGUACAGCUACAGCUGCUAACGGCGACCGUCAAGUGCUUUCUCAAGAACCCCGAGGACACCCAGGACAUGGUCCAGCGGGUCCUGGACCUGGCCACGGAGGAGUCGGACAACCCGGACCUCCGCGACCGUGGUUUCAUCUACUGGCGCCUUCUCUCCACCGAUCCCGAGGCCGCCAAGAUGGUCGUUCUUGGGGACAAGCCCGUCAUCGAGGACGACACUUUCCGCCUCGAUCCGGGCCUCCUCAACGUCCUUAUCGGACAGAUCGCCACCCUCAGCAGUGUCUACCACAAGCCACCGGAGGCCUUUGUGGUCCGCCGGGCGGCCGGGGUCAUCGACCACGGAGACGACCAGGGGGAGGACGACGACGAGGGCGACUACGGGGGCGCCGCCGAGAACGACGGCGUCGGAGACCUCCUCGACAUGGGGGGCAUGUCCCUUGGAGGCGGGGGCAAGGCCGCGGGCCCGGCGGGAUCGAGUGUAAGUACCAGAGUAUACUAGGAGUUGACUCGCGCUGUGCAUUGUUGCAUUGUUGCAUUGUGGACUGCGGGUUUGUGGCGAGUUUCUGUUCCGGAAAGACACCGACACUGCCUCACGCGCCUCUUGUCGCUUUUGCCACUUGCUCUUUGCUCUUGACUUUCUUUUUCUCGUUGCCAACAGUACGAAACAAAGGCUCCCAUGAACAAGGUGUGCGGAGCCGAAAAAUCCGGCGGCAUUGAGAUUUCUGCCGGUUUCCGCCAGGUGAACGGRACCAUUACCAUGGAGAUGCAGAUAGAAAACGUCAGUUCUCCAUCCGAAGUGAAGGCGCUGGCCAUCCAACUCAACAAGAACGCCUUUGGGUUGAGCCCGGCCACCCAACAGAUCAUCUGCAACCCACCGAUCGCUACCGGGCAAACAGGAACUGCCACCGUCGAGCUGGUGGUCACUCCCAACAUGGUGGCUCCGCCUCAGCCGGGACAACCCGCGUCGCCCAUGGUACAGGUCGCAAUCAAGAACAUGCAAACGGGAACCGUCUUUUACUUUGCCGUCAACUGCAACCUGGAAGCCCUCUUCACGGAGUCGACCAUGGAACGAUCGGCCUUUAUAGAAUCCUGGAAGUCCAUCGACGACCAGAACGAGCUCUACGGAACGGUCGGAGAUCUCCCCCCUUCCAGCACGGACAUCGACAAGGUCAUCAACUGGUUCAAGGCCAACAAGAUGUUCUUUGUGGCCCGCCGGCCGGUUCCCAACGCCGAAGGCCAGGAGGUCGUCUACUUUUUCUCGCGCACCGUGGCGCAGAUGGACUUCCUCGUCGAGCUCACCUUCAAGCAGGGCGUCACGGCCUGCAAGAUAUGCCUCAAGACCGAGAGCUCCUCCUACGGCCUCCUCGCCAAGCAGGCCGUCGAAUCGAUGCUCCGGUCCAACCCGCAGUAGUUACAAAACCUUUGGUGCCCUGCGCCGGCGCUCGUGCGCAUUACUGUACUAGCAUUCUGUGAAACCAACGAUUGGUGGGUCUGUGCGUGCGUGUAUUUUUGCGGU